CACUGAAUUCCUAUUAACACUAACACCUCCCCUUUAUUUUCACCUCUUUUGAUCAAAAUGAUGGUACAGGUAGUUUAAUUAGUUGUACCUUUAGAUAACUAUCUUAUAGAAAAAGGUAGUAGAUAUGGAAGGAGAAGUGAAAAAGGAUGCAGAAACACUUCCUCCAGGGUUUCGAUUUCAUCCAACAGACGAAGAACUCAUCACUUCUUAUCUUAUAAACAAGAUACAAGAUUCUAGUUUUACUGCAAGGGCAAUUACUGAUGUUGAUCUCAACAAAUGUGAACCUUGGGAUCUUCCUGGAAAGGCAAAAAUGGGAGAGAAAGAAUGGUAUUUCUUCAGCCUAAGAGAUAGGAAAUACCCAACAGGAGUGAGAACAAACAGAGCCACCACUACUGGAUACUGGAAGACCACUGGAAAGGACAAAGAGAUCUUCAAUGGUGCUACCUCAGAGAUUGUUGGUAUGAAGAAAACUUUGGUGUUUUAUAGAGGGAGAGCCCCCCGUGGCGAGAAAACCAACUGGGUUAUGCAUGAGUAUCGCGUUCACGCCAAAUCUGUGUUUCGGUCUUCCAAGGAUGAGUGGGUUGUGUGUCGGGUUUUCCAAAAGAGCGUUGGUGGCAAGAAGUAUCCAUCGUCCAGCCAUUCGCGAGUCAUGAUUAAUCCCUACCACCUUGAGAUUGGUCCAGCUUCAGGAAUUCAUGUGCCUCCCCAAAUCAUGACAUCAGAUCCAAGUUAUCAAUUUCCAUAUGGGGUUGGAAGAAGUUACAUGACUAAUGCUGAUAUUCCGGAGUUUUCAAGGGUUUUUAGAGGCACCACGAAUAUGCCUCUCAACCAAACCCAAUUGAACUAUCCCAACGCAGAUGGAUCUGAACUCUUUAGUAUUUCCGGGCUGAAUCUAAACCUAAGAGGAUCAACUUCAACACAAAUGACUAUGAGACCAAUAUUGGCACAACCACCACCACCACCAGGAGCAACAUCCUCACUACAACCACAGCCGCAAGAAGAUGUAGCUAAUUCCUCGAUGCUCAUAAGUAGUACUCGUGGACAUGAAAAUGUGGAACCCAUGGGUUAUGAUCAUGGGGAUAUGAGUGCCAAUGGAGACGGGCUCGUCAAUAAUAGGUUCAUGAAUAUGGACCAUGACCUUGAAAAUUUCUGGGCUCCCUAUUGACUAUUGAUAGUUGAAGGAAGAUACUCUCUAAAGGUCGGUUGAAUGGCAUGAAUGAAAUUAUUAGAUGCAUGAGUUCAAUUCUUCAAAAUUUACCGGCCUCCCUAUUGAAUAGAUAGGGUAAUAAGUUAUUUUAUGUUAGUUUGGUAGUUGGUGGUGUUUUUUUUUAUUUUCUUAUAAGUCCUAUUAGAUUUCUCUAUAUUUAAUGUCAUCAAUAGACCAUCACAUAAAUAGGUUUGUGGGGAAGAGCCACAUAUAGAUAUGUAAGGAUAACUGCCUCCCAAACUUUUUACGAUAUCCUGCAACUGUGAAAUAUGAAUUUAUGUUAUAUGUUUUUGGUUGUU